AUGGACUGGGCGAGGCAAAGAGAUCAUAACGAUCCUCCGAGAGCACGUAGUGCAUUGGUUGGUUAUUGCUCCCAAGGUAAAGUUCACCAAGGACGCAAAGUCCAUUCACAUCAACCAAAUUUCAAGGGUGCGCAAAGCGACCUUUUCGAGUAG